AUGAAUAGAAAUGGAUAUAAGGAUGAAAAAUCAUGUUGCUAUUUUCAUCCAAAGCAAGUAGUUGUUGGUGUGUGUCCUUUAUGCUUGAAUGAGAGACUUCUUCUAUUGGUUGCAAAACAAGGGCGGCGCCACCACCAAAACCACCGUUCUUCCUCCAAAAAAGGUGGUAACUCACAAAAACCACCUAAUUCUUCUUCUAUUCACAAGAUCUUUGCUUUUGGUUCUCUCUUCACUCGCCUUGAAUCUCGCCAAUGCAAAAAUCAUAACAAUAAUCACUAUGAUGAUCUCUCUCCAACUCCAGAAGAAGAGUCAUUCAUAUCAAUCAAGUUUGAAGAAAAUGGGGUAGCCUCGUGGGAAAAGAAUAGUGUCUCAAAGGUGACCCUAGAGAAUUGCAAUAACAACAAAUUAGAGACCAAGAGUGUGAUAGAGCAUGGAAAGUCACGUGACAUAUUCAGGUGGCGAAAGAGAAUAGGUCACAUGUUCCAGCUCAUAAGGUGGAAAAAAUCUGGUGGUGUUUGCCACGUAAGCAACAAGGUUGAAGGAGGAACUGUUAAAGGCAGAAAAAGUUGGAUCAAGACUCUGACAAAGAGGAAGAAGAAGAAGACCAUGGAGUCAUAA